AUGGAGCCUGUACGGCAAGUGGGAGGCAUGGAGCUGCAAGCGGGAGCCAUGGCACAGGCACACAAACACAGGGUGAGUGAGAUUGGCCAGAGAGGGUGAGUGGUAUUUCUGAGAACCGCUCCAUAGAAACCCUCUAUGACCGUGCUCUGCAGCCUGACCUUGCUUAGGAAGAUUAUUUGAACUUAAUGUCAUUUUUGGAGCCUUUUUUGUUAUGCUUAGUUUAUUGUUGGGAGAGGUUGGGAGCUUUCAACACCCUUAGGUGUGAUAUAAGUCACAUUGUAGAAAAGUUACAAUGGCAGCCAGCCAUUUAAUGCUGACUUUCUCAAUUAUAGUAGUAAGGUAGAGAGAGACAAUCUCUCCUUCUAAGCAUAUGCUGUCAAAUGUUUUUGUUUGUUUGCAGUUGAUAGAGGUCAGCUUUCUGAAAGAGGAUUAUGGAUGUGUACUGUAUUUUUCUGUUGUGCUGUCCCUGUUCUCUACACAAAUGGAGUGGAUCAUUGACUGAAUGCAAUAGAGAGUAAGUAGUAAGGCUGAGUCCCUCUUGCCUGUAGUCUGAAAUGGAAACCCUCAUUCUUAUUCAUAGCAUAUAGGGGAAUAGAAUAGGCCAACUGAAGAAUAGAGAGAGAAACUGUGGAAAAAUAGUGUGUUAAGUCUUGCCAUUGGUUCAAGUUGAGCCUCAGUUAAAGGAAAUAUAGGGAAUGGAGGGAGCAUGUCCUGUGUAUUCCAAGUAGUAGAAUAGACACAUACUUACCUCAGCAUCCCACAUAAUAAAAUGUGCUUACACAUACUGUAUACCUUUACAACAACGACAACAUAUAAACCAAUAAAACAAUCUUAAUCUCUUUGUACUCCUAGUGCUUUGGCAGAGUGCCUCUGGACUUUGAGCCCUUGUUCUUUUUAACACUGAGACUGUUCUGUCUCAGUUGUGGCUGAAUUUAAGAAAGGAUUGGGCUUGUGCACUUUGCGGAAAUGAAAAGAACUGCAUUCCAAAGACAGUUUGUGGAGAAACCUCCAUAUCCAUCCCUCCCUGCCUCGACUUAGCAAGGAGGAUAGAGUUACAGCUGCUGCUGUGCAAGGUAUUCAUCUCAGGUUGUGAGGAUUUAAAGUAUGCAGAGAUCCCUGGCUUUUUGUUUGGGAACCAGUCCUGCAGGCAUAAAAUGUGAUGCAAGCACAAAACGUGCUGAAAGUGGUAGAUACAAUCAAAACAUAAACAUUUCCAUUGGUGAUUCUCUGUAUCCUGUCACUACCCAACCAGGUCCUCACCUGCAUGUGGAGGUAUGCACAUUCAACCAGAACUGUGUGACCCCGACUCAACCUCCAGGGAUAGGUUGCUACCCAGGGAAUCUCUGAGAAUACUGUCAACUUGGCACUUGUCCUGCCUCGACUAGCCAGCAGAAACAAAACCAAAGAAAUCAGUACUCGCUAUUAUACUGUUUGUGUCAGACACACUGAGUAAUGUGUGGGCUGCAAUCAUGAGAAUUAUCUGAAUGUGUUUAGGCAUAUGUGUGCAUGCGUCGGUGACUCUGUAUGUCUGUGUGUUUUGUGCAUGCCCUGUGGUUUAGUCUCUACAGUCUACAAUGAUCUAUCUGAGAAAAGGGACCUAUGAAAUAGGCUACAUUUUAAAUUAGUUUCCACCACUGUCAACUGAGUGUUAACCUUGAAUAGAGCUUUAUUGAUUGGAUUCACAUGACUGCGCUUUGUCAUUUGCUAUUGGUGCUUUAGCCUUUAUACAGACACAAUUUUGGGGGGAAUGUUCCUGUGCAAAAUGUGAAGUUGGUUCAUUUAUGGUCCCACUGCCCUCAAUCCGUAUAAAGACCCACUGGCAUGCUAACACCAUAUCCAAUGUCCCUCUCUAGCCUCCAGCUCCAGUUUAACAUGCUUAUGUUCUCACUGUAUUCUUCAAAUACUGGGGAGAUUAUCUCACCCACAUUCACCUCUGGCUCUGUUUAGACCUCCCCAGGAACCACACGCAGGACGUAGAGUGGGUUAGCCAAGCAUAUAUUGGUUAUGCAAGGGGUUAUAGUUGCGUAAUACCUUCAUAGACCUUAUCUGCUUACUGCAGACUGCCAAUGAGAGAUCCAAAUAUUACAGUUGGAGUUUUUAAAACGCUGGUAGCUACCAAAGACCCAAGAAGCUAUAGGACCUUUUUGCUAAGAGAACACACCCUGUUCAGAAUGUCAUUAUAUAGGAUUGUAUAAUGCUUUUUAAGCGCCUCAGUUUGCAAGAGAUGUUUUAUCUCGUCUAUCUUAGCAUUCUUGUGUUGCGUGACUUUCGGUUGAGGUCAGUGUGUCAUGAUUCAUGACACAUUACCUAUAUUUGUAUGAAACCUUUCUAAAACACGUCAGAAGGUGUUUCUCAUGUGAAUCUGUAAGACUGUGUGCAGUCGAUGUGGAUGUGAGGAGGAACUAGUUUGGACACAUUUCCCUUUAGGGAGCCAGUUCUGAGGGCCAUAAAUAGGCCUAGACUUCAGACGUGGUUCUCUGUACGUUGGAGAGAUGCGUUGUUGUUUUUAAACUGGGCUCCAUUGCAACACAAAAACAGUCUGACACCGCCAUUGAUAGCCAUUUGUACAGUAGUCUAUAUUUCUUGGACAAGAUCAUGUUCCUCGAUAACCAUAAAACUGUCAGACUGGACAGACCAUGGAAAUGGCACUUGGAAUAGCCUUGUCAGUUCAGUGGAACUCUUAUUUCUAUGCUAUCCACACACCAGCUCAGUAUUUGAAGCCUCUUCAAAAGUGAAAGACGUCACUUCACUAAAGAUGGCUUUUAACCUCAAGUGACGACACUUCUCAAUGAACUGACACUUCUCAAUGAACUGACGUCUGUUGGGUAACACAACUAACAAGUCUAUUUUGGAUUCUGUGCAAUAAAAAUAGAUGCUCACCAUUUCAGGAUAGUUUUAUCCUGAUGUGUAAGUGUAUUUAGGCUAUACUACACACACUCUAGGUCACAAGCACAUACCUGAUUCAACUCCAACACCACAGAGUGGUUUAUCUGAGAAAGCAUUCAAAUUCAAGUGCUCUCUUAGAAGUGAACAGAGAGUCCUUAUGAUAUCUCAAGGCUUAAUGUGAAUAUAUCCCCUUGCAUACAUAUCCAUUCACAAUUUAUGACUUUAAACUACUUUUACAUGAAAACUAAUAUGCCAAACCAAUUCUCUCAUCAAGUUACAAUACAAUGUUUUGUUUUAUGCCACAGUAUCUUUGUUUGAUCACAGCCCUUACCCUGUUGAUCACAUACUGUAGCUUUGAAUUAGUUACAAAGCACUAUUAUACAGUGGCUUGCUAAAGUAUUCACCCCCCCCCUUGGCAUUUUUCCUAUUUUGUUGCCUUACAACCAGGAAUUAAAAUCAAUUUUUUGGGGGGUUUGUAUCAUUUGAUUUACACAACAUGCCCACCAAUUUGAAGAUGCAAAAUAUUAUUAUUGUGAAACAAACAAGAAAUAAGUUGAGCGUGCAUAACUAUUCAACCCCCAAAGUCAAUACUUUGUAGAGCCACCUUUUGCAGCAAUUACAGCUGCAAGUCUCUUGGGGUAUGUCUCUAUAAUCUUGGCACAUCUAGCCACUGGGAUUUCUGCCCAUUCUUCAAGGCAAAACUGCUCCAGCUCCUUCAAGUUGGAUGGGUUCCGCUGGUGUACAGCAAUCUUUAAGUCAUACCACAGAUUCUCAAUUGGAUUGAGGUCUGGGCUUUGACUAGGCCAUUCCAAGACAUUUAAAUGUUUCCCCUUAAACCACUCAAGUGUUGCUUUAGCAGUAUGCUUAGGGUCAUUGUCCUGCUGGAAGGUGAACCUCCGUCCCAGUCUCAAAUCUCUGGAAGACUGAAACAGGUUUCCCUCAAGAAUGUCCCUGUAUUUAGCGCCAUCCAUCAUUCCUUCAAUUCUGACCAGUUUCCCAGUCCCUGCCGAUGGAAAAACAUCCCCACAGCAUGAUGCUGCCACCACCAUGCUUCACUGUGGGGAUGGUGUUCUCGGGGUGAUGAGAGGUGUUGGGUUUGCGCCAGACAUUCCUUGAUGGCCAAAAAGCUCAAUUUUAGUCUCAUCUGACCAGAGUACCUUCUUCCAUAUGUUUGGGGAGUCUCCCACAUGCCUUUUGGCGAACACCAAACGUGUUUGCUUAUUUUUUUCUUUAAGCAAUGGCUUUUUUCUGGCCACUCUUCAGUAAAGCCCAGCUCUAUGGCUUAAAGUGGUCCUAUGGACAGAUACUCCAAUCUCCGCUGUGGAGCUUUGCAGCUCCUUCAGGGUUAUCUUUGGUCUCUUUGUUGCCUCUCUGAAUAAUCCCCUCCUUGCCUGGUCUGUGAGUUUUGGUGGGCGGCCCUCUCUUGGCAGGUUUGUUGUGGUGCCAUAUUCUUUUCAUUUUUUAAUAAUGGAUUUAAUGGUGCUCCGUGGGAUGUUCAAAGUUUCUGAUAUUUUUUUAUAACCCAACCCUGAUCUGUACUUCUCCACAACUUUGUCCCUGACCUGUUUGGAGAGCUCCUUGGUCUUCAUGGUGCCGCUUGCUUGGUGGUGCCCCUUGCAUAGUGGUGUUGCAGACUCUGGGGACUUUCAGAACAGGUGUGUAUAUAUACUGAGAUCAUGUGACAGAUCACUUAGAUUGCACACAGGUGGACUUUAUUUAACUAAUGAUAUGACUUCUGAAGGUAAUUGGUUGCACCAGAUCUUAUUUAGGGGCUUCAUAGCAAAGGGGCUGAAUACAUAUGCAGGCACCACUUUUCAGUUAUUUAUUUUUUAGAAUUUUUUGAAACAAAAAGUUAUUUUUUUCAUUUCACUUUACCAAUUUGGACUAUUUUGUAUGUCCGUUACAUGAAAUCCAAAUAAAAAUCAAUUUCAAUUGCAGGUUGUAAUACAACAAAAUAGGAAAAACGGCAAGGGGAAUGAAUACUUUUGCAAGGCACUGUAGGUAUUGGGUGAUUUCUUGCGACCAGAUCUUUUCAUCUUUUGAUCCAGGUUUCAAGUGAAUUGAAGUUAGGGGAUGUCAAAAUUAGGGCUGUCCCCAACUAAAAACAAUCUUCGUCGACCAAGAGUCGUCUGUUCUUUCGAACAAUCGAUUGGUUUACAUUUUUUUACGUGUAUUCUUCCAUAAAUGGACACAUCCUAUGUGUUUUAAUUAAAUCAACUAUAUGCACUGAGCUUGUCUGAUGCUUUAAGCACACUGUUUGAUUAAAUAAUUAAGACACAAAAAAGACUAGAGGGAGUCCGACCGCAAUUUAUAUGAUUGUGCCGGGCCUGGCUCAGACUUGCUGUGCUGUGAAAAAAAAAAAAAAAAAGACAGCGAGUGACUCUGUGACUAGCACCUGUUGUCUAUCUCUCAUCGCUGCUGCAACGACCACCACAGAACAUGAACAGUAUUUAUCGCGCUGUCCAUGUUGCUGAAGCUGCAACAUAAUUACAGCCAUUUCUGACUGAAAAGUUGUGUCACGAAAAGAGAACAAGGGUUGAGGGAAUAGGGAAUGUUUUUCCUAAACAAAUUAGGGAUUUCAGUAACAUAUGUAUGCAUCGCAUGCACGUGACCGAUAGGGCCUGACCUAGAGCAUAUUAUAAUCACAUCAAUAACAAACACCGUAAAAGCAAAAUGGAUGCAGAGGACGUGACAAAUACACUCGAAAUUCGGGAAUGUUUACUGGUUGCUCAGGAGGUAAAAGGGAAGUCAGAUGUGUGGAAUAAAUUUGACUAGUUGUGGAAAGUACUGGAGAUCAAGAAAAAGAAGGUAAGGAGCCAGCGCUGCGUGCAUAUUGUGUGUGCCAAACAGAUGCUGUUAGAUUACGAUAUAAUUUUUCGGACCAUUUUGGAACAAUGUAAACAACACAAAAGCGUAACGGAGUCUGUAAAAAUGUUUUAUUAAGCCUUUAUUACAGCAAAGACUAAAAACACUCGUAUUCUUUUGUGAAUGCAAUUUCCGAAAUGGAACGGUUUAUUUAGUGUUUACGCUAAUUAUUCAAGGCUUGCUUUGUUAUUUUAUUUUUAAACUAAAAUGCUUAAUAUGCUGUGUCAUCACACGAACAAAUGAAUGAUUUGAUUGAUACAGUAACCUAUAUAAGUAUUGAAAUAAAGGCCUAAGUAAGUUAUGGUAUUAAGACUUAACAGGAUGCGCUCUUAGGCCUACAGCUCAAUGUUGGUUAUACAAGGCUGCUAUACUAAGCCUACUAAUGGUAAUGACAUUACUUAUUAUUAUAAUGAUGAUCAUAAUAAUAAUAAUAAUAAUAGUAACAAUAACAAGAAGGAUAUCAAGAAAAAUGAGUGUUUUUAGUAUAAAUAUGAUUUUUCUGACAAUUUGGAACAGUGUAAACAACACUAAAUACAUUAUAAAUAAUACCAGAGCGGUUGUUCUAACGAAAAAAGUGUAAAGCCUUUAUUACAGCAAAGCAAAGAUUAAAAACAGCCAAAUUUGUGAAAUUGUUUAUCCGACAUGUUGUGGUUGCGUGAGGCUUGGUUCUUAUGGAAUCAGUAGGCAAUUAAACAAAACACUCAAACAGGCAACAGAAUCAGGAUCUGUCUUAUUUCUGUAGAUAUACAGUACCAGUCAAAUGUUUGGACACCUACUCAUUCCAGAGUUUUUCUUUAUUUUUACUAUUUUCUACAUUGUAGAAUAACAGUGAAGACAUCAAAACUAUGAAAUAACACAAAUGGAAUCAUGUAGUAACCAAAAGGUGUUAAACAAAUCAAAAUAUAUUUUAUAUUUGAGAUUCCUCAAAGUAGCCACCCUUUGCCUUGAUGACAGCUUUGCACACUCUUGGCUUUCUCUCAACCAGCUUCAUGAGGUAGUCACCUGGAAUUAAUUUCUAUUAACAGGUGUGCCUUGUUAAAAGUUAAUUUGUGGAGUUUCUUUCCUUCUUAAUGCGUUUGAGCCAAUCAGUUGUGUUGAGACAAGGUACGGGUGGUAUACAGAAGAUAGCCCUAUUUGGUAAAAGACCAAGUCCAUAUUAUGGCAAGAAUAGCUCAAAUAAGCAAAGAGAAACGACAGUCCAUCAUUACUUUAAGACAUGAAGGUCAGUCAAUACGGAACAUUUCAAUAACUUUGAAAGUUUCUUCAAGUGCAGUCGCAAAAACCAUCAAGUGCUAUGAUGAAACUGUCUCUCAUGACGACCGCCACAGGAAUGGAAGACCCGGAGUUCAAAUCAAAUCAAAUUUUAUUUGCCACAUGAGCCGAAUACAACAGGUGUAUGCAUUACCGUGAAAUGCUUACUUACAGCACUUAACCAACAAUGCAUUUAUUUCUUUAUAAAAAGUAAAAUAAAACAACAACAACAAAAAAGUGUUGAGAAAAAAAAGAGCAGAAGUAAAAUAAAAGAACAGUAGGGAGGCUAUAUACAGGGGGGUACCGGUACAGAGUCAAUGUACGGGGGCACCGGCUAGUUGAGGCUGGGGGGGCAGUGCAAAUAGACCGGGUAGCCAUGAUUAGCUGUUCUGGAGUCUUAUGGCUUGGGGGUAGAAGCUGUUGAGAAAUCUUUUGGACCUAGACAUGGUGCUCCAGUACCGCUUGCCGUGCGGUAGCAGAAAGAAUUGUCUAUGACUAGGGUGGCUGGAGUCUUUGACAAUUUUGUGGGCCUUCCUCUGACACCGCCUGGUAUAGAGGUCCUGGAUGUCAGGAAGCUUGGCCCCAGUGAUGUACUGGGCUGUACGCUCUACCCCAGGGGUGUCAAACUCAUUUUAGCUCAGGGGCCACAUGGAGGAAAAUCUAUUCCCAAGUGGGCCGGACCGGAAAAAUCAUGGUAUAUAUAACUUAAAAACAACAACUUCAGAUUGUUUUCUUUGUUUUAAUACGAUCAACAUACAACAUAAAGCUGGAGCCUGAGGACAGUGUGUCCAAAAUAGUACAAGCACAACAUCACUAUUAAUCAUAAAACACGUCAAGUUUAUUUGAAAAUUCUAAAGAAAAAGAACACACAAACACACAAUGCCUCAGUGAUUAACAGAACUGUUUCACAGAUCACAGAACUAUAUCAGGGUGUCAUUUCUCAGGCAGAAAUGUAGAUAAAAAUAAUGAAAUCCUGUUCCCCAAACAAGUGCAAGAACCACAGAGUCAAGAAUAGGUUAAAUAUACAAAUAAAAUAAAAUAAAAUCAAUUAAAAACAAUAGCACAUCAACAUAAAAACAUAUAAACAUAAAUCUGAAAGCGUUGCUCAAACUCCCGUAACAGUCCGUUAUUUUAUCUUUGAACCGCUUCAUGUCUGCCACAUGUUGGGUCGCGCACACAUUUUUCAGACAGGGGAAGUGAGCUGCAUCACCACCGGCAAGUUGCGUCUCCCACAAUGACAGCUUCAACUUGAAAGAACGUAUGCUGUCAUAAUACUGCGUGACAACUUUGUUGCGCCCUUGCAGCUGUUUGUUCAAGUUAUUCAGGUGCUCUGUAACAUCCACCAUAAAUGCAAGGUCCUGCAUCCAUUCUGCGGAAUGAAAUUCUAACACUGGUUUGCCCUUUUCUUCCAUGAACUGUUCAAUUUCUUCUCGUAAAUCAAAGAAACGCCUCAGCACAGCACCUCGGCUUAACCAUCUUACCUCAGUGUGGUAUGGCAGGCCAUAGAUGUGGUCUUUCUCUCUGAGAAGGCUGUCAAACUGACGGUGAUUCAGGCUGCUGGAUCGGAUGAAAUUAACAGUUUGGAUGACCACCUUCAUGACGUUAUCCAUCUUUAAUGACUUGCAACACAAAGCCUCCUGGUGCAAAAUACAGUGAAAAGUCAAAAAAUCACGUCCUCCAUUUGCAGAUUGCACUUUCUCUCUGAACUUUGUCACAACGCCUGCUUUUUUCCCGAUCAUUGAGGGCGCACCAUCUGUAGCCAGGCUGACAGUGCGGGACCAGUCCACUCCGACCCUGUCCAGCGCGCCGACGAGUGCGGUAAAAAUAUCAGCUGCUGUCGUUGUAUCUGUCAUCGGCACCAACUUCACGAACUCCUCUGUGACGGUCAAUGUGUCAUCAACUCCGCAGAUGAAAAUGGCCAGUUGUGCAACAUCUGUAAUGUCCGUGCUUUCAUCAAUUGCAACCGAAAACGCAAUAAAUGACUUUACUUUUCGCUUCAACUGGCUGUCCAAAUCCACUGAAAGAUCGGAAAUCCUGUCUGCAACUGUGUUUCUUGUCAGGCUGAUAUUUGCAAAAGCCUGCCGCUUUUCAGGGCACACAAUCUCCGCUGCCUUCAUCAUGCAUGUUUUUACAAAUUCACCCUCACUAAAUGGUUUUGAAGCCACUGCGAUUUCAUUAGCAAUGAGGUAGCUAGCUUUCACUGCAGCGUCACUGAUGUCUCGGCUGUGAGUAAACACAGACUGCUGUUUCUUCAGACCCGCCAACAGUUCAUUCACCUUCUCUCAUCUCCGCUGUCCUUGAAAGUUGUCAUAUUUGUCGGCAUGAAGACUCACAUAGUGGCGACGAAGGUUAUAUUCUUUCAGCACUGCAACAUGCUCUGAACACACCAAACAUACAGCUUUCCCAUUCAAUUCCGUGAAUAAAUAGGAUGACCAUUUUUCUUGGAACACUGCACUCUGCGUCCACUUUUCUCUUUUUUGACAGAGACAUAUUGGGGCAAUGAGGGUGCCAAAGCACAUCAUGUUAAAAGUAGAAGCCGUAAUAAAUAUCGCGGGCAAAACAAAGUAGCUCAUUGGCUGCACGUGCUUGACCUACUUGCUCUGCCCCGGUAUGAACAGUUUGCUUGCUUAACACAAUUGCUAUUGCGCCAUCCAGUGGACGCAAUUGGAACAGCAGUUUAUUUUAUUGAAAAAUUGCAGCGCAUUUUUAUACUUUACCAAAUCAUCUCGCGGGCCGGAUUAAACCCGUUUGCGGGCCUGAUCCGGCCCGCGGGCCGUACGUUUGACACCCCUGCUCUACCCUCUGUAGUGCCUUGCGGUCUGAGGCUGAGCAGUUGCCAUACCAGAAAGUGAUGCAACCAGUCAUGAUGCUCUCGAUGGUGCAGCUGUAGAACUCUUUAUUUAUUUAUUUAUUUAUUUAUUUAUUAUAAUUUUUUUCUCUGGGGGAAUGGAUCAGCUUAAUAUUGCAGAUAGAUUGUAUCUUCUAUCAAUGUAAUUGUCUGCAUCACUUCCAAUCCCCCAUGUUUUUAAAAAAUAUAUAUACUCCCCUUCAUUACUUUUCAACCCCACCAUCCUUUCCCUACUUGGAGUAAAUUAGUGAACAACAAUGCCCAGGCCCCUACUUCCGGUCUAUACUUACUAUCUACACCUUAUGGACAGAGUUAAUUUUACAAUAAUUCUAUUAUAUAUAUAUUUUUUUUUGCUCCUGAACUUCUUCUACUCUCAACCUCUCCGAUCAUUUUCAUGAUGUCCAUCCGGUUUGCUUCUAUAUGCCAUAUCUUUCUAACUGUGCUCUUUCCCAAAAGCUCCCAACAUACAACCUAUAUACUUAUUAUGAACACAGUAUGCUUACAUUAUUAGCUAUCUUUGUUAUUAUUUGUUGUUAUUUGUUAUUAGUCCCAUCCUUCAACUCUAUUCAAUACCUCCCAUCUAUCUCUUAACACCAUCCAUAUAGGAUUUCUAUUUGCCAUACAGUGGGGGAAAAAAGUAUUUAGUCAGCCACAAUUGUGCAAGUUCUCCCACUUAAAAAGACGAGAGAGGCCUGUAAUUUUCAUCAUAGGUACACGUCAACUAUGACAGACAAAUUGAGAAAAAAAAUCCUGAAAAUCACAUUGUAGGAUUUUUAAUGAAUUUAUUUGCAAAUUAUGGUGGAAAAUAAGUAUUUGGUCACCUACAAACAAGCAAGAUUUCUGGCUCUCACAGACCUGUAACUUCUUCUUUAAGAGGCUCCUCUGUCCUCCACUCGUUACCAGUAUUAAUGGCACCUGUUUGAACUUGUUAUCAGUAUAAAAGACACCUGUCCACAACCUCAAACAGUCACACUCCAAACUCCACUAUGGCCAAGACCAAAGAGCUGUCAAAGGACACCAGAAACAAAAUUGUAGACCUGCACCAGGCUGGGAAGACUGAAUCUGCAAUAGGUAAGCAGCUUGGUUUGAAUAAAUCAACUGUGGGAGCAAUUAUUAGGAAUUGGAAGACAUACAAGACCACUGAUAAUCUCCCUCGAUCUGGGGCUCCACGCAAGAUCUCACCCCGUGGGGUCAAAAUGAUCACAAGAACGGUGAGCAAAAAUCCCAGAACCACACGGGGGGACCUAGUGAAUGACCUGCAGAGAGCUGGGACCAAAGUAACAAAGCCUACCAUCAGUAUCACACUACGCCGCCAGGGACUCAAAUCCUGCAGUGCCAGACGUGUCCCCCUGCUUAAGCCAGUACAUGUCCAGGCCCGUCUGAAGUUUGCUAGAGUGCAUUUGGAUGAUCCAGAAGAGGAUUGGGAGAAUGUCAUAUGGUCAGAUGAAACCAAAAUAGAACUUUUUGGUAAAAACUCAACUCGUCGUGUUUGGAGGACAAAGAAUGCGGAGUUGCAUCCAAAGAACACCAUACCUACUGUGAAGCAUGGGGGUGGAAACAUCAUGCUUUGGGGCUGUUUUUCUGCAAAGGGACCAGGACGACUGAUCCGUGUAAAGGAAGGAAUGAAUGGGGCCAUGUAUCGUGAGAUUUUCAGUGAAAACCUCCUUCCAUCAGCAAGGGCAUUGAAGAUGAAACGUGGCUGGGUCUUUCAGCAUGACAAUGAUCCCAAACACACCGCCCGGGCAACGAAGGAGUGGCUUCGUAAGAAGCAUUUCAAGGUCCUGGAGUGGCCUAGCCAGUCUCCAGAUCUCAACCCCAUAGAAAAUCUUUGGAGGGAGUUGAAAGUCUGUGUUGCCCAGCGACAGCCCCAAAACGUCACUGCUCUAGAGGAGAUCUGCAUGAAGGAAUGGGCCAAAAUUCCAGCAACAGUGUGUGAACCUUGUGAAGACUUACAGAAAACGUUUGACCUGUGUCAUUGCCAACAAAGGGUAUAUAACAAAGUAUUGAGAAACUUUUGUUAUUGACCAAAUACUUAUUUUCCACCAUAAUUUGCAAAUACAUUCAUAAAAAAUUCUACAAUGUGAUUUUCUGGAUUGUUUUCCCACAUUCUGUCUGUCAUAGUUGACUUGUACAUAUGAUGAAAAUUACAGGCCUCUCUCAUCUUUUUAAGUGGGAGAACUUGCACAAUUGGUGGCUGACUAAAUACUUUUUUCCCCACUGUAUACAUUUCAACCGUACUGUGAUGUUUUACAAAAGUUCUGAACCUUUCUAUUCUCAUUGCUUCUACAGAUUGUGAAUUAAAAAUAAACCUUUUUGCUAAAAGUAUUAUUAUAUUAUUGAUUGAUUGACUAUGACUUUUCAGCUGUAGAACUCUUUGAGGAUCUGAGGACUCAUGCCAAAUCUUUUCAGUCUCCUGAGGGGGAAUAGGCUUUGUCGUGCCCUCUUCACGACUGUCUUGGUGUGUUUGGACCAUGAUAGUUCGUUGGUGAUGUGGACACCAAGGAACUUGAAGCUCUCAACCUGUUCCACUACAGCCCCGUCGAUGAGAAUGGGGGCGUGCUCAGUCCUCUUUUUUUUCCUGUAGUCCACAAUCAUCUCCUUUGUCUUGGUCACGAUUCCAAAUGUGUUAUUUCAUAGUUUUGAUGUCUUCGCUAUUAUUCUACAAUGUAGAAAAUAGUACAAAUAAAGCAAAACCCUUGAAUGAGUAGGUGUGUCCAAACUUUUGACUGGUACUGUAUAUGGAUUAUUUAUAAAGCCAGGCACAUUUAACAGUUCGGCUAUUGAUUCUAGACCUAAUUAAGUUGGUUUCCUCUCUCCAUACUUUUCUUAGGCAAUAAGGCAAGGGCUGUUUUCUUGUCUCCACAUUCUGCUGCCUCCUUCGCUUUGUUCUCAACACCAAUAUGCUGUUUAUCUUUGCUAUUAUGCACAUAACAACAUGGUCUAGGAAAAGGCGUCAAUUCAACAGCGCACUGAUGUUUCAGACCUGUGGACAGCCAAUGCGGGAGAAAGCACAUUUGUUAUAAAAUAACAUUUUUAUUAGUGUUGCACCAUUGUUCUUACGUAAUAUAACCAUAUACAAUUUCAGUAGCACAUGUCUUAGGGUGAUGGACUGUGCCAUCCUCACUGCCUCCACAAUGGAUUAGUCCACUCAGACAGGUGCGAAUCAGACAGAACAUGAAUUAUUAUUAUUAUUUUUAUUUUUUUGCUACUGCUCGCCUAAAGAAAUCUCAGUUGACCAACAGCCUAUCGGCCAAACAAUCGACCAGUAGACUAAAUGGGGUCAGCCCUAGUCUAAAUUGUACCCUCUUUUGCUCCUUCAGCAAAUCCAGUUUGUGGAAGACAAGCAGGAGUUCAGCAGGUUCCCUACCAAGGCUGGCCGACGCUCGCUGUCUCGAUCCAUCUCUCAGUCAUCCACCGACAGCUACAGCUCCGGUACUACACAAGCACACACACACACGCAGCUAUGUAUGGAUUGCUUGACCCUUUCUUGCUGACUUUCCCCUCUCUGUCUCCUUUCCCAGCUGCGUCCUACACGGACAGCUCUGAUGAUGAGACUUCACCACGGGACAAAACACAGCUCAACUCCAAGGGCACCAGUGACUUCUGUGUGAAGAACAUCAAACAGGCCGAAUUUGGUCGUCGCGAGAUUGAGAUUGCAGAACAAGGUACAAUAAAAUGGCUCUGUAACCUGUCACCCUCACCUCUCACACACAGAACAACCCAAGACAAUAAGAAGUGAUAAACCUCAAAACAUUCCUAGGGGGCUCCAGGUGUAAAGUACUUGUUGUUGGUUAUUUAAAGCAUGUUCUUGAAAUUUGCUGUCUUAUGGCAUGAAUCAAUUAGUCUAAUCAAUGGUUAACAGUCUUUGAUCAUAGGUAAUAUCAUAGUUAAUAAAACCACUACUGGCAUCAAUCAGGAUGCAAAGAGCAACAAAAACAUUUCUGUGAACAACAGAGAGUAAAGUAUAUCUAAAUCUAAAUAUUGCUCUUGCCAGGGCCUGUAGUGCAGAAAUAUAUUAGAGUCCCACCCUCCAAGGCCAGGAUUUGCCAAAUCAGAUUAACCAAGACACUGAUUGGAGGGGAGAAUCUGGGAUAAGAAAAGAACAGCUUCGCUCAGUUCUGUGAUUGACUGAUAUACGGGCCCCUUGGGCCCUGUGUAGCUCAGUUGGUAGAGCAUGGCGUUUGCAACGCCAGGGUUGUGGGUUCGAUUCCCACGGGGGGCCAGUAUGAAAGAAAAAAAAAAUGUAUGCACUCACUAACUGUAAGUCGCUCUGGAUAAGAGCGUCUGCUAAAUGACUAAAAUGUAAAUGAUAUACUCUAGCAGCUAGAGUCUAGCUAGUUAUCUAUAGUAGCUUGUUAUCUAUAUUCAGAUUGACCUCGACCAAUCUGUCUGCAGAUAUGGCUUCUGCUCUUAAGGGCCUCCUGUGUCGAAUUAUUAGACUAUUCUUUGGUUUUGCUGAUCAGUCAUUUGAAGUGUAACACACACAAGCCACAUCAGAAAGAGAAACAUAUUAUGCAGAAAAAUCUAAAGAUUCACUAGGCCUAACUAGGGCUGUGGUGGUCAUGACAUUUAGUCAGCUGGUGAUUGUCAAGCAAAUAACUGCCGGUCUCACUGUAAUUGACCGCUAAUUACCAUAAACACGUCUAGCAUCUCUUGGCUUCCACGCAUAGCCUACAAGCCACUGAUGCAGACCUUUGGAAAAUCUACAUUUUUAAAAAGUCUAAUAAAUCCAUUUUAUAUAGCCUACACCAUCGCAAAUAAAUCUAUUAUUUAUUUUAGACAGGUCUAAAGAAACAUGAUAUGAAGAAAAUGUACUCAAUUUCAGAAGAACAGAAUAGCAUACUCUGAAUUGUCCUUAUGUUAGGUCCUGAUCUGGCUAUGCCAUAGCUGUGGGCUACACUAGUUCAUUUAGCAAACAAGAUUUGCUUAGAAUUCCGUGGAAUAAUUUUAUAAUAUUUUAUAGUAUGAAGAAUCCAAUUGAACAUAGCUGAAUAAAAUAGAAAGUAUAUUUUCUCCAAAUGAUUUCCAGAGAGAGUGCGCACAUGUGCCUAUUCUGUGUUGAGCGGUUAACAAAGAAACAGGUCCUCCUAUAUGCUUAAUUUAGAGUUAUUUAUGCAAAUGUUGUUGUGAUACAAACGUUGGGCUAUAUGUUUAGAUUUUUAACACAUUCUAAGGCUGCAUGAUGCGACUCUAAUGAUUUUGAAAAAAGUUUUAUGAAAGGCAUGAGCUGUGCUUUGUUUCUUGUGCAGGCUGCACACACACAUCAGUCUCUCAUUCACAAUUUGACAAGCAAUUUCCCGGUGGCAUCCUCCUUGUGUGGCUGUAAUGCCCCCUAAAGAAUCCAUGUCUUUUGCAGCCAAAGUAGCCGUUGUGCCCUUGGGCUGAAUAUAAUAAUGAUCAUUCCCUUAUCCCGGCAGCGAUCCCCUGAAGCACCUCUCACUAACAUGGCUCUCUCAGAUAUCUAAGUGCACGCAACUGUGCGUGUCCCUCCUUAUCGAAUUCCGAGGCACAUAUUGAAGAUGUUAGAAGAACUGUCCAUAUUUACUUUUCGUCAGCCAACAAGAUGAGUAGGCCUAACGAACAGGAAAAGCACUAGCCUAUGUCAAUCUACUAUCCCUCAUAGUACAAAGGUUGACCUAUUCUAUUGGUCAACUUGUCCUUCUGUGCGAUUAAAUAAAUAUUCCAAACAUACUCUGGGAAAGUUGGAUGCGAUAGAUCCCAAAUUAAUACAACCAUUCGCUAAAAAAAAGAGUUUAAAAGCAAUGAGGCUGAUGCAACAGAUCAGAACGUUUAGCUUUACAUUUUGAUAAACUAUUAGGUUAUUUCUUCAGAUUAUAAGCGCAGCAAUGCGCACAAUUAGCUGGAAAACACUGUUCUCAAAAGUGACAAAAGUGGCAAAUGCGAUUCUGCAUGUAAUACUUUAUUAUAAAGGUGCAUUGGUAUGGUGAAAAUGAUCUUCCCCAAACUUGAAACUCACGCGCCGCCUAUAUAUGCCAGUUAGGCUCUACACCGGUUGUAAAACGUAUGAAUGUGCUUAAUUUUAAGAAGUUAUUUGGCCACUUUAGUUGUGAUACAAACCUUAUCAAAACAUAUAGGCCUAUGGGCUAGGCUGCAUGAGGUGUACGACUAUGGUUUUUAAAAGUCACAAAAAAAUGGUAUGCGCUGUUUCUUGCCUUACUGCUCAUGCUGGGCAUCAUUCAUAAGUGAUAAUACAUUAGUCACAAGUGAUAGGCUAAUAUUGUCACCCAUCAGACUAUUCUUAAUUGAAUCUUGUCUUUACAUAUACAAAAUAAUACACUACAUCACCAAAAGUAUGUGGACACCUGCUCGUCCAGCAUCUCAUUUCAAAAUCAUGGGCAUUAAUAUGGAGUUGGUCCCCCUUUUGCUGCUAUAACAACCUCCACUCUUCUGGGAAGGCUCCUAGAUGUUGGAACAUUGCUGCGGGGACUUGCUUCCAUUCAGCCACGAGCAUUAGUGAGGUCGGGCACUGAUGUUGGGCGGUUAGGCAUGGCUCGCAGUCAGAAUUCCAAUUCAUCCAAACGGUGUUCGAUGGGGUUGAGGUUAGGGCUCUCUGCAGGCCAGUCAAGUUCUUCCACACCGAUUUCGACAAACAAUUUCUGUAUGGACCUCGCUUUGUGCACGGGGGCAUUGUCAUGCUGAAACAGGAAAGGGCCUUCCCCAAACUGUUGCCUCAAAGUUGGAAGAACAGCAUCGUCUAGAAUGUCAUUGUAUGCUGUAGCGUUAAGAUUCACUUCACUGGAACUAAGGGGCCUAGCCCGAACCAUGAAAAACAACCCCAGACCAUUAUUCCUCCUCCACCAAACUUUACAGUUGGCACUAUGCAAUAGGCAGGUAGCGUUCUCCUGGCAUCCGCCAAACCCAGAUUUGUCCGUCGGACUACGUGACCCAUCACUCCAGAGAACCGUUUCCACUGCUCCAGAGUCCAAUGGUGGCAAGCUUUACACCACUCCAGCCGACACUUGGCAUUGCCCAUGGUGAUCCUAGGCUUGUAUGUGGCUGCUCGGCCAUGGAAACCCAUUUCAUGAAGCUUCCGACGAACAGUUAUUGUGCUGACGUUGCUUCCAGAGGCAGUUUGGAACUCGGUAGUGAGUGUUGCAGCACUCGGCGGUCCACUUCACAGCUGAGCCAUUGUUGCUGUUAGACGUUUCCACUUCACAGUAACACUUACAGUUGACCAGGGCAGCUCUAGCAGGGCAGACAUUUUACGAGCUGACUUGUUGGAAAGGUGGCAUCCUAUGACGGUGUCAUGUUGAAAGUUACUGAGCUCUUCAGUAAGGCCAUUCCACUGCCAAUGUUUGUCUAUGGAGAUUGCAUGGCUGUGUGCUCGAUUUUAUACACCUGUCAGCAACUGGUGUGGCUGAAAUAGCCGAAUCCACUAAUAUAUACUUUUGUAUAUGUGUGAAAUUAGUUUUGAUUUAGAAUGGACCAUUAUUAUGCACCUCUUGGAACAGGGGCAGGGGAAAAACAAUACAUGUCAUCUAUGCACUGAAAUAGCGAAUGGAGGACGCUUUUCCCAUGGUUCAUUUUCAUGCCAGCCAGGUAGUACUCCUGUUGUAAAGCGAAGCAAUGUGCUUAAUAUUAGGAAAGUUGAGAAAUAAAUAUUGUAAGCCUAUAGAAAGCUAAUUUUAAGCCUAUUUUUAAUAGAGGCCAUUAAAACUCUGUUUUCUCACGCAAUUGCAUAGCCUAUAGAAAUGUUGCGUAACAUGAGUUUAUGGGCUGUCAUGAAGUUUGAUUUGAUUUUCGAUUACAUUUGUAUUGAUGUCAGAGUGAUUUAGAGGGACAAUAGAGUGCUGAGUACCAGGCAGUUAGCAAGUUUGUUAGGCUACUAAUGACCAGCUGCAUCAGAGCUUGGAGAAGCCUAGUUACCGUGACUAAACGGUCAUGUAGAAUUUGACUGCGGUCAUGACUCGUGACCGCCUGUUUAGCGGUAAUACGGUCACUGUAACAGCCCUAGGCCUAACCACCAGUUCAGACAGCUUUGAUGAAGCUGACCUUCAGUUUUUGCCAUGUAGCAAAAUCUUUGUCUAAAGUUCUCAUUUUAUCAUUCUUGUGUUUGAUUUCAGACAUUACUCCCCAAAUCAUUUAGAUGUUAUGUUGUCCUUGGCCUAAAUGUUUUGUUAUGUGCAGCAUGGCAGCUGAAUCUACACCCCUAACACUGUCAGCACAACUCCAGAGCUUGAUAUGGAGUGAUCAUCCUUGUCCAAUAUGAAUUGGCAGCUUGCAAAGUCAUAGCUUAUUUGAGGGUAUUUGAAUUUUACGGAGCUCAGAGGUUUUGGUGCAGGAAAUUCUUUGAGUCCCUCAAUUUUGAGUGAGAUUUGUGUGGAAGAUGGGGGAGUUGGAAGGGCUUUAUAUUCAGACCACUUUUCUGUAUGUCUACUCUGUGAAUGUAGAUAACAUGUUUGGAAUCUAUUUUUCUUUCCCUCUCUCUUGCUCCAUCUCCUUCACUCUCUCUCUAUCACCCCACUUUGCUCUCUCUCGCUCUCUCGCUCUCUCGCUCUCUCUCUCUCUCUCUCUCUCUCUCUCUCUCUCUCUCUCUCUCUCUCUCUCUCUCUCUCUUUUUUCACAGAUAUGUCAGCAUUAAUCUCACUCAGGAAGAGAGCCCAGGGAGAGAAGCCACUUGCUGGGGCAAAAAUUGUUGGCUGCACUCACAUCACUGCCCAGACUGCAGUAAGAAAACUCUGUCUUCUUACCUAUCCUAAUAUCACUGUCAAGGCUACAGGGGGACAUUUCUCUCCUUAUAAAGUAGGAUUUGAAGGUCACAGCGUACACAGAGACUUCUACAUUAACCAAGUUGGCCCUGUUGUUUAGACUAACUUACACUGUCUCCAAUACCCAAGUUUUGCUGCAGUGACAUAGGCUACAUACCCAAAUAUCAGUGCCAAGACAGCAGUAUGAUAUCUCUUCCCCACAGUAUUGCUACUGCAGAAUAGGGUUGUGCGGUAUCCAGAUUUUCAUAUCUUCAUACCGUUCUUCUCUCAUCCCGGGAUUUACGGUAUUACCAGUUUAGUACACAAGGGCGCAAAAAAUCCUAUUGGGGGGUCUAUUACCAGAAUGCUAACAAAGUUAUCACAAGUAAUAGCACAUUUCCAUGGAGGCUGCUAGCUAAAUAUGCUAACGAGCGCAAACGAAAAUAAUUGCAAAGACACGCAAUCCAUCUCAUAAAGUUAUACAUAUAUAGGUAGGAGCUACCGAAUGUCAUUUUUGGUGUGUUUGGACAUUUACAAGCAAAUGUGAACGAGAGACAUUGUGCAAAUGAACAGUACUGGCUCUGGAGCAGCAUGUGUACACACUGUGUCUGUGUGGAGUCUGGAGUCGCUAGGGCAAUGGCCCUGCCUGCUCUGCUCGGAGAAGAUUGGGUUGGAGCAGAUGGGGGAGGAGCAGAUGGGCAGAAAAUGGAGAGGAGAAAAAACGCAAGGAAAUCAAAACUGUUCGUCGGAAUGGCUUUGACUUCUCAAACACGGCAGAAAGCCAACACAAUGAUGCCCCGUCUCGCCUUAUUAAUUCAGCUACUUACUUCGAUAGCUAGCAAUUUAAACUUAGGGGUCGCGUUAACGCAGAAUUCUUAGUUUUUCACACAGGAAAAAAAGACAAAACGCAUAAGAAAUAUCUUGCUGCGUUUUGUAAACGCAAAUCUAAAACGCUUCUUAUUGUAAUUUCUGCUCGGCAUCAGACACAUUUUGUGCUUCAGUUGCACUUCUCCACUCAGAUGAAAAUUCACGAACUGGCAUUCUAUCAGCAGACAGCGCUCUGACUGAUUCUCAAUGUAGCCAGACUACUUUUCUCUGGUAAAAUGCAAACAUUAGGAAAUGUACCUGGCUACAUUCUUUCUAUGAUAAACAGAAAUGAUGGCCAUGCAUAGUUUUUGCAAAAAAUACCUUACUUUUUCAUCGUAAGCUCAUUUAGCCUACUUGUGUGGCUGCCAGCCAAAUAGCGUUGCACUUCUUUGGUCAUCUGAUUAAAAUUAAGCUAUCUUCUGCCGAAUGUGUUGCACUAAUGCAUUUUCUGUGAAGGAAAACUAUAGUUGCACGUCCCUGAUCACUCUAUUCAAGCAAAGAAACACUGACUUUCAAUAUAAAACACGACCCCUGUCAAUACACAGCUGGACUCACCUGCUCCCGCUUUCUCCAGUUGUGCUAUUUACAAACAAACACGUGACUGGCUCAACUGUUCUGGGGAACUACAGUAAACUUCAUAAUGUUAAAUAAUGUGACAGGUGAAAUGACAAACGCAAUCUGCUUUAUCUUCUAACUUAUUGCACAAGUUGACUGCAGAUAUUUACAGAAAAAGUAGCUACAAAUAUGAAUGUAUAGAAAAACUUUCAAUGAAAUAGUUUCAACGAUAUUGACGGUAUUGAAAAACCAUCCUGUGUCACUACAAAGAUAACGGUGUCCUUCCUAACUCAGUUGCCGGAGAGGAAGGAAACCACAUGGGAUUACACCAUGAGGCCAAUGGUGAUUUUAAAAGCGUUACAGAGUUUAAUGGCUGUGAUAGGAGAAAACUGAGGAUGUACAGUUGAAGUCAGAAGUUUACAUACACCUUAGCCAAAUACAUUUAAACUCAGUUUUUCACAAUUCCUGACAUUUAAUCCUAGUAAAAAUUCCCUGUCUUAGGUCAGUUAGGAUCACCACUUUAUUUUAAGAAUGUGAAAUGUCAUAAUAAUAGUAGAGGGAAGGGUUUAUUUCAGCUUUUAUUUAUUUCAUCACAUUCCCAGUGGGUCAGAAGUUUAAAUACACUCAAUUAGUAUUUGGUAGCGUUGCCUUUAAAUUGUUUAACUUGGGUCAAACGUUUCGGGUAGCCUUCCACAGGCUUCCCACAAUACGUUGGGUGAAUCUUGGCCCAUUCCUCCUGACAGAGCUGGUGUAACUGAGUCAGGUUUGUAGGCCUCCUUGCUCGCACACACCUUUUCAGUUCUGCCCACACAUUUUCUAUAGGAUUGAGGUCAGGGCUUUGUGAUGGCCACUCCAAUACCUUGACUUUGUUGUCCUUAAGCCAUUUUGCCACAACUUUGGAAGUAUGCUUGGGGUCAUUGUCCAUUUGGAAGACCCAUUUGCAACCAAUAUUUAACUUCCUGACUGAUGUCUUGAGAUGUUGCUUCAAUAUAUCCACAUAAUUUUCCUUCCUCAUGAUGCCAUCUAUUUUGUGAAGUGCACCAGUCCCUCCUGAAGCAAAGCACCCCCACAACAUGAUGCUGCCACCCCUGUGCUUCACGGUUGGGAUGGUGUUCUUCGGCUUGCAAGCGACCCCCUUUUUCCUCCAAACAUAACGAUGGUCAUUAUGGCCAAACAGUUCUGUUUUUGUUUCAUCAGACCAGAGGACAUUUCUCCCAAAAGUACGAUCUUUGUCCCCAUGUGCAGUUGCAAACCGUAGUCUGGCUUUUUUAUGACGGUUUUGGAGCAGUGGCUUCUUCCUUGCUGAGCGGCCUUUCAGGUUAUGUCGAUAUAGGACUAAUUUUACUGUGGAUAUAGAUACUUUUGUACCUGUUUCCUCCAGCAUCUUCACAAGGUCCUUUGCUGUUGUUCUGGGAUUGAUUUGCACUUUUCGCACCAACGUACGUUCAUCUCUAGGAGACAGAUCGCGUCUCCUUCCUGAGCGGUAUGACGGCUGCGUGGUCCCAUGGUGUUUAUACUUGCGUACUAUUGUUUGUACAGAUGAACGUGGGACCUUCAGGCGUUUUGGAAAUUGCUCCCAAGGAUGAACCAGACUGUGGCUACUGUGGAGGUCUACAAUUCUUUUUCUGAGGUCUUGGCUGAUUUAUUCUGCUUUUCCCAUGAUGUCAAGCAAAGAGGCACUGAGUUUGAAGGUAGGCCUUGAAAUACAUCCACAGGUACACCUCCAAUUGACUCAAAUGAUGUCAAUUAGCCUAUCAGAAGCUUCUAAAGCCAUGACAUCAUUUUCUGGAAUUUUCCAAGCUGUUUAAAGGCACAGUCAACUUAAUGUAUGUAAACUUCUGACCCACUGGAAUUGUGAUACAGUGAAUUAUAAGUGAAAUAAUCUGUCUGUAAACAAUUGGUACAAUUACUUGUGUCAUGCACAAAGUAGAUGUCCUAACCGACUUGCCAAAACUAUAGUUCGUUAACAAGAAAUUUGUGGAGUGGUUGAAAAACGAGUUUUAAUGACUCCAACCUAAGUGUAUGUAAACUUCCGACUUCAACUGUAGUUACUCCACAAUGCUAACCUAAAUGACAGAGUGAAAGAAGGAAGCCUGUACAGAAAAUAAAUAUUUCAAAACAUGCAUCCUGUUUGCAAUAAGGCACUAAAGUAAUUUUGCUAAAAAUAUGGCAAAGAAAUACUGCAAAAUAUAUGGCAAAGAAAUUCACUUUUUGUCGUGAAUACAAAACGUUAUGUUUGGGUCAAAUCCAACACAACACAUCACUGAGUACAACUCUUCAUAUUUUCAAGCAUGGUGGGGACUGCAUCAUGUUAUGAUUAUGCUUGUCAUCGGCAAGGACUAGGGAGUUAUUUAGGACAAAAAUAAAUGUAAUCGAGCAGGCAAAAUCCUACAGAAAAACCUGGUUCAGUCUCCUUUCCAACAGACACUGAGAGACAAAUUCACCUUUCAGCAGGACAAUAACCUAAAAUGUAUGAAAUAAAUAUUGUAUAAUUUCUCUUCCACUUUGAAAUUAGAGUAUUGUGUGUAGAUCAUUGACCAAAACUUACACUAAAAUCCAUUUUAAUCCCAUUUGUAACACAAGAGCACUGUGAAUACUUUCUGAAGACUAAAUAUAUUGAGUUCUACUAUGGGCCCCGUGUAGCUCAGUUGGUAGAGCAUGGCGCUUGCAACGCCAGGGUUGUGGGUUCGAUUCCCACGGGGGGCCAGUAUGAUAUUUUUUUUUAUGUAUGCACUCACUAACUGUAAGUCGCUCUGGAUAAGAGCGUCUGCUAAAUGACUAAAAUGUAAAAAAAAUUACUGCUCUCUCUAUCAGCUAGGCUAUUUAUGAUACAACAUAUUACUUGUACAUAUCUGUAUUUUUUUUUGUGCCUCUCUCAUUCAACCCCCUCCUCUCUCUCUUGCCCUCAGGUGUUGAUUGAGACUCUGGUGGCUCUGGGGGCCCAGUGUCGCUGGACAGCCUGUAACAUCUACUCCACACAGAACGAGGUGGCAGCUGCCCUCUCAGAGAUCAGUAAGUAAAAGCUUUCUACAUCACUACUUUGCUGCUUUGUUACAGUAUGAGCUUCUAUAUGGAAAAGAAUGAGAGGCUGAUUGUACUUCAUAAGAGGUUUUUGAGAGUUGUGGUUCAUCACAUUCACAUUAAUUAGUAGUAUUUCUGCAUACUAUGCAUAAUUUAACUCUUAUUAAUAUGUAAUGAAUUACAUUAUUGUUAAAUGGGUGUUUCUUGUAAGGGUGCUAAGAGUUGGGGGUGAUUUGCUUCCCUGUGCCCUUUGAAACCAAGGAGACGUGUUUCGAGAUGUUCUCAAUAAAGUCAUGGAAAACACAGAGAAAACAUCAGUCUUGCCCUCUAGUCAUUGAACUACAGCACCAAGACACAUAUCUCUUGGGUUGCUGGGUGAUUGUUAAGUAUAUGUGUUUCCGUAGUGGGGUGUCUUUGUUCAUGGUCUGUUAGCCGGAGAGGUUCACAACAGAGUCAGACUGCAUUAAAGUAAAUAUCACCAGUCACACAGCUCAAGCUGGGAGAGGAACUGGCACACAGGCUGUGGGCUGAUUAACUUGUCCUACGCACAACAGUAUCCUCUGACCAUUUACAACCCACUCUCAGCAGUGUUUACAUUUUCUAUGUGUGAGUUAUGCCAGCAAUCUUCAUACCAUACAGCAAGCCUGCCAGAAACCUACUGAGAUGGAGACUUGACCAGAUUAAGGGAGUAGAUAGAUGGUAGUACGUAGGUGUAUACUUACAGACACAGAGACGGGGAUGAGGUUGGAGGACUAGAUAUGAGGUUAACUAAGAAAAAGUCAGUGGGAUAGAGAUCCUAAGCCCAGGUACUGUAUACCGUGUUUAUAGUAGCAUGGCAGAGGAACCAUGGAGCUUUCAAAAUCUCCCCAACCCUCUAGUCCAAUAGCAGGAAUCAGAUUUGUGUUUUAGUGUACCACUCUAUUUUUUUUUUUUACAUAAGCUCUCCCUUUCCCACAUAGUUGUGUAAAGCUCCAUCUGUCAGAGUAUCUCUUUCUAAUAAACAGUUGGUCCAGGUCUUUAUGGAGAGAAAUCUCCCUGCUAACAGAUGAAAGCGCUGUGUCCUCUGGCAGCUUCUGUUCCUUGCCUGCCUGCUCUGCUCUACUCUCUGGGGUAGAAAUGACCAGGAGGCCUUCUGUUCUGCUGCAGCUAUCACCUGAUGUCUGGUCCUCUUCUAUAAAUCACAGGAUAACAGCUUUCGUGACAAGAGACCCAGCUUAUUAUCCCCUCUUGGUUUAGAGAACAGACAUACGGAGGGGCUUUACUCACACCCUCUGUGUUAUAAAGCCUGCAUUAUGAUGUUAUAAGCAUGUCAGAAUGGAAGUAAAAUGUUAGGUCAGUUCACAACAAUUGGUCAUGAAGACACAUAGCAGGAUAGGACUACUGUGUAACUAAGCCUAAUAAGCUACAGUAGCUACUGUAGCGAUCCUACAUGAUUGUUCAGUACUGAUGUCAAUACUGUUAGUUAUGGCUGCUAUUGAUACCCGUUUCCUGAAUGAUUAUGAGAGUGUGAAGUUAGCUUUAAUGUUAGAGAGCUGAAGUCUUUAGUGAGCAGGGUUGUGUAAGUGUACUGCCUGCUGGAGGAGCCUACAGAAGGUGAGCGCUGUUCUAGGCUCUGUGGUGUUGUGGUUGGAUUGUUGUGCAGGUCCAGAUAUCUGGAGUUAAGCUGCAGGUCAUUAUAUUAAUAUGGCUUUAGAGCAGAUUAUACGGACAUCGAGCACCGUGCGUUCAAACGUCAUCAGUUCUGCGCUCUCUGGAAUGAAGGGUCUUUGCAUCACAAACCAAUGCUGUGCUGUUGUUUCAAAAGGGAUUUGGAUAUGUCUCUGUUUGGUAAUAUCUGUCUGAUCUGGAGAAAUAUAGUAAUAUCGAACACCUCUAUUCUCCCAACUACCUUGUGAUUUGUGCAGGUGUGGCGGUUUUUGCCUGGAAGGGGGAAUCUGAGGAUGACUUCUGGUGGUGUAUCGACAAGUGCGUCAACAUGGAGGGCUGGCAGCCUAACAUGGUACCCAUAUAAGUAUAUCAUUUAUCCUCCUUUAACAGCAAGGCAAAUGUCCUUGUAGACCAUUUUGUGUUACUGAUAUGUGUCUGUUGUCACUGUUUGAGAAUGUUGUCCCUUCUUGCUGUGUCUGUGGUAGAUCCUUGAUGAUGGAGGGGACUUGACCCACUGGGUGUAUAAGAAAUACCCCAACGUCUUCAAGAAGAUCAGGGGCAUUGUGGAGGAGAGUGUGACUGGGGUCCACAGGUCAUUUCAUUUCUGAUUACAGCACAUUCACAGUCACACACGUUCAUAAGACCAGCAGGCAACUCUGAGUUAAGUUCCUUAGUCACUUCCUCUUUGUCUUUCAGGUUGUACCAGUUGUCCAAAGCAGGCAAGCUGUGUGUGCCAGCCAUGAACGUGAAUGACUCUGUGACAAAGCAGAAGUUUGACAACCUCUACUGCUGCAGAGAGUCUAUCCUGGAUGGGUAGGUGUUAAAUGAACCUUUAAGCGAAGUGAAUGUUGUCUCACUACAACACUGCACUACAUAACAAUGUAUCAAUUAGAUUUUUUUUGUAGAUCAAAUACUGUACAUACAUAAAAUCAUAUACACUAGACAAUAUAAUGGCGCCGGAGGGGAUGGCUGCUGUUUUACGGGCUCCUAACCAACUGUUUUGUUUAGUUUUUCGCAUUGUUUGUAACUUAUUUUGUACAUAAUGUUGCUGCUACCGUCUCUUAUGACCGAAAAUAGCUUCUGGACAUCAGAACAGCGGUUACUCACCUCAAACUGGAUGAAGAUUAUUUAUUUAAUGAGUCCGACGUGAAGGAUAUACUGCUUUCCGGAGACCAGGCCCAAAUCCUCGUCAUUCGCGUGAAGAAAAGGCAGAGAUACAGAGGGAGAAGGCGAGUGAGUAAAUCGCCACUACCAUCGGUUCUAUUGGCCAACGUGCAAUCACUGGAAAACAAACUCGAUGAUCUACGGUCGAGACUAUCCUACCAACAGGACAUAAAAAACUGUAAUAUCUUAUAUUUCACCGAGUCGUGGCUGGGUUUUCCGUACAUCGGCAGGACAGAGCAGCUACGUCUGGUAAGACGAGGGGCGGGGGUGUGUGUCUAUUUUUCAAUAACUGCUGGUGCACGAUGUCUAAUAUUUAAAGAAGUCUCACACUCUACCUCAGGCGAGGUAUUGCUCGCCUGAGGUAGAGUACCUCAUGAUAAGCUGUAGACCACACUAUCUACCAAGAGAGUUCUCAUCUAUAUUAUUCAUAGCCGUGUAUUUACCACCACAAACCGAUGCUGGCUCGAAGACCGCACUCAAUGAGCUGUAUAAGGCCAUAAGCAAACAAGAAAAUGUUCAUCCAGAAGUGGCGCUCCCAGUGGCCGGGGACUUUAAUGCAGGCUAACUUAAAUCCAUUUUACCUCAUUUCUACCAGCAUGUCACAUGUGCAACCAGAGGAAAGAAAACUCUAGACCACAUUUACUCUACACACAGAGAUGCAUACAAAGCUCUCCCUCGCCUUCCAUUUGGCAAAUCUGACCAUAAUUAUAUCCUUCUAAUUCCUGCUUACAAGCAAAAGCUAAAGCAGGAAGUACCAGUGACUCACUCAAUACGGAAUUGGUCAGAUGAUGCGGAUUCUACAUUACAGGACUGUUUUGCUAGCGCAGACUGGAAUAUGUUCCGUGAUUCAUCUAAUGGCAUUGAGGAGUAUACCACCUCAGUCACCGGCUUCAUCAAUAAGUGCAUCGACGACGUCGUCCCCACAGUGACCGUACGUACAUAUCCCAACCAGAAGCCAUGGCAACAUCCGCACCGAGCUAAAGGCUAGAGCUGCCGCUUUCAAGGAGCGGGACACUAAUCCGGACACUUAUAAGAAAUCCCGCUAAGCCCUCCAACGAACCAUCAAACAGGCAAAAGCGUCAAUACAGGACUAAGAUUGAAUCAUAUUACACUGGCUCUGACGCUCUUCGGAUGUGGCAGGGCUUGCAAACUAUUACGGACUACAAAGGGAACCCCAGCCGCGAGCUGCCCAGUGACGCGAGCCUACCAGAUUAGCUAAAUGCCUUUUAUGCUCGCUUCGAGGCAAGCAACACUGAAGCAUGCAUGAGAGCACCAGCUGUUCCGGACGACUGUGUGAUCACGCUCUCCGUAGCCGAUGUGGGCAAGACCUUUAAACAGGUCAACAUUCACAAGGCCACGGGGCCAGACUGAUUACCAGGACGUGUACUCAGAGCAUGCGUGGACCAACUGGCAAGUGUCUUCACUGACAUUUUCAACCUCUCCCAGACCGAGUCUGUAAUACCUACAUGUUUCAAGCAGACCACCAUAGUCCCUGUGCCCAAGAAAGCAAAGGUAACCUGCCAAAAUGACUACCGCCCCAUAGCACUCACUUCGGUAGCCGUGAAGUGCUUUGAAAGGCUGGUCAUGGCUCACAUCAACAACAUCAUCCCGGAAACCCUAGACCCGCAUACCGCCCCAACAGAUCCACAGAUGACGCAAUCUCAAUCGCACUCUACACUGCCCUUUCCCACCUGGACAAAAGGAACACCUAUGUGAGAAUGCUGUUCAUUGACUACAGCUCAGCAUUCAACACCAUAGUGCCCACAAAGCUCAUCACUAAGCUAAGGACCCUGGGACUAAACAUCUCCCUCUGCAACUGGAUCCUGGAUUUCCUGACAGGCUGCCCCCAGGUGGUAAGGGUAGGCAACAACACAUCUGCCACGCUGAUCCUCAACACUGGGGCCCCUCAGGGGUGCGUGCUUAGUCCCCUCCUGUACUCCCUGUUCACCCAUGACUGCGUGGCCAAGCACGACUCCAACACAAUCAUUAAGUUUGCUGACGACACAACAGUGGUAGGCCUGAUCAACGACAACGAUGACAGUGUGGUGCCAGGACAACAACCUCUCCCUCAACCUGCUACUCACUGUUUAUUAUCUAUGCAUAGUCACUUUACAUGUACAAAUUACCUCAACUAACCUGUACCCCCGCACAUUGACUCGGUACCGGUACCCCUGUAUAUAGCCUCGUUAUUGUUUAUGUAAUUUUGUGUUACUUUUUAUUUUAUAUUUUACUUUAGUUUAUUUAGUAAAUAUUUUGUUAACUCUAUUUCUUGAACUGCAUUGUUGGUUAAGGACUUGUAAGUAAGCAUUUCACGGUAAGAUCUACACAUGUAUUCGGUGCAUAUGACAAAUAAAAUAAAAUUUGAUUUGAUUAGAUUUCUGAUUUGAUAUACUGAAGUCCUGUGCUGCUGAAUUUUUCCCCAAGGCAAAAUAUGAUGCAUUUUCAGUGUCCCAGCCAAAGCAUCUCUGGCCUGUAUAAUAGACAAAGCCAAUAAAUCAGGCUAACAACAUGACUUCUGUGGCCUGAGAAAUUGCUUUUAUAGACUGCUACUGCCCACUUCACUCUACCUGGAGUUUUAACAUACCACAGAAAGGCUGACAUCCUGAAUCCUAUUGUUUCCCCUGUUUCUGUCUCCAUGUUUCUGUCUGCAGCCUGAAGAGGACCACAGACGUAAUGUUUGGAGGAAAGCAGGUUGUUGUCUGUGGUUAUGGAGAGGUAAGGAGGUUUCAUAAUUUACACUACCCUUCAAAAGUUUGGGGUCACUUAGAAAUGUCCUUUGUUUUCCAUGAAAUUAGUUUGAAUAGGAAAUAUAGCAAAAUGAAUAGGAAAUGUAGUCAUUGACAAGGUUAGAAAUAAUGAUUUUUAAUUGAAAUAAUAAUUGUGUCCUUCAAACGUUGCUUUCGUCAAAGAAUCGUCCAUUUGCAGCAAUUACAGCCUUGCAGACCUUUGGCAUUCUAGUUGUCAAUUUCUUGAGGUAAUCUGAAAAGAUUUCACCCCAUGCUUCCUGAAGCACCUCCCACAAGUUGGAUUGGCUUGAUGGGCACUUCUUACGUACCAUACGGUCAAGCUGCUCCCACAACAGCUCAAUAGUGUUGAGAUCUGGUGACUGUGCUGGCCACUCCAUUAUAGACAGAAUUCCAGCUGACUGCUUCUUCCCUAAAUAGUUCUUGCAUAAUUUGGAGCUGUGCUUUGGGUCAUUGUCCUGUUGUAGGAGGAAAUUGGCUCCAAUCAACAGGGUAUGGCAUGGCGUUGCAAAAUGGAGUGAUAGCCUUCCUUCUUCAAGAUCCCUUUUACCCUGUACAAAUCUCCCACUUUACUACCACCAAAGCACCCCCAGAGCGUCACAUUGCCUCCACCAUUCUUGACAGAUACUCCUCCACCAUCUUUUCAUUUGGUCUGCGUCUCACAAAUGUUCUUCUUUGUGAUCGGAACACCUCAAACUUCGAUUCGUCUGUCCAUAACACUUUUUUUCCAAUCUUCCUCUGUCCAGUGUCUGUGUUAUUUUGCCCAUCUUAAUCUUUUCUUUUUCUUUUCUUUUUCUUUUUCUUUGCAACUCUGCCUAGAAGGUCAGCAUCCCGGAGUCGCCUCUUCACUGUUGAUGUUGAGACUGGUGCUUUGCGGGUACUAUUUAAUGAAGCUGCCAGUUGAGGACCUGUGAGGCGUCUGUUUCUCAAACUAGACACACUAAUUUAUUUGUCCUCUUGCUCAGUUGUGCAACAGGGCCUCCCACUCCUCUUUCUAUUCUGGUUAGAGCCAGUUUGCGCUGUUCUGUGAAGGGAGUAGUACACAGCGUUGUACGAGAUCUUCAGUUUCUUGGCAAUUUCUCGCAUGGAAUAGCCUUCAUUUCUCAGAACAAGAAUAGACUGACGAGUUUCAGAAGAAACCCACAAUUGCUGAUGCUCCAGAUACUCAACUAGUCUCAAGAAGGCCGGUUUUAUUGCUUCUUUAAUCAGCACAACAGUUUUCAGCUGUGCUAACAUAAUUGCAAAAGGAUUUUCUAAUGAUCAAUAAGCUUUUUAAAAUGAUAAACUUGGAUUAGCAAACACAACAUGCCAUUGUAACACAGGACUGAUGGUUGCUGAUAAUGGGCCUCUCUACGCCUAUGUAGAUAUUCCAUAAAAAAUUAGCCGUUUCUAGCUACAAUAGCCAUUUACAACAUUAACAAUGUCCACUGUAUUUCUGAUCAGUUUGAUGAUAUUUUUGGUUACUACAUGAUUCCAUAUGUGUUAUUUCAUAGUUUUGAUGUCAUCACUAUUAUUCUACAAUGUAGAAAAUAGUAAAGAUAAAGAAAAACCCUUGAAAGAGUAGGUGUUCUAAAACUUUUGACCAGUAGUGUAUAUACAGUGGGGGAAAAAAGUAUUUAGUCAGCCACCAAUUGUGCAAGUUCUCCCACUUAAAAAGAUGAGAGAGGCCUGUAAUUUUCAUCAUAGGUACACGUCAACUAUGACAGACAAAAUGAGAAAAAAAAUCCAGAAAAUCACAUUGUAGGGUUUUUAAUGAAUUUAUUUGCAAAUUAUGGUGGAAAAUAAGUAUUUGGUCAAUAACAAAAGUUUCUCAAUACUUUGUUAUAUACCCUUUGUUGGCAAUGACACAGGUCAAACGCUUUCUGUAAGUCUUCACAAGGUUUUCACACACUGUUGCUGGUAUUUUGGCCCAUUCCUCCAUGCAGAUCUCCUCUAGAGCAGUGAUGUUUUGGGGCUGUCGCUGGGCAACACAGACUUUCAACUCCUUCCAAAGAUUUUCUAUGGGGUUGAGAUCUGGAGACUGGCUAGGCCACUCCAGGACCUUGAAAUGCUUCUUACGAAGCCACUCCUUCGUUGCCCGGGCGGUGUGUUUGGGAUCAUUGUCAUGCUGAAAGACCCAGCCACGUUUCAUCUUCAAUGCCCUUGCUGAUGGAAGGAGGUUUUCACUCAAAAUCUCACGAUACAUGGCCCCAUUCAUUCUUUCCUUUACACGGAUCAGUCGUCCUGGUCCCUUUGCAGAAAAACAGCCCCAAAGCAUGAUGUUUCCACCCCCAUGCUUCACAGUAGGUAUGGUGUUCUUUGGAUGCAACUCAGCAUUCUUUGUCCUCCAAACACGAUGAGUUGAGUUUUUACCAAAAAGUUCUAUUUUGGUUUCAUCUGACCAUAUGACAUUCUCCCAAUCCUCUUCUGGAUCAUCCAAAUGCACUCUAGCAAACUUCAGACGGGCCUGGACAUGUACUGGCUUAAGCAGGGGGACACGUCUGGCACUGCAGGAUUUGAGUCCCUGGCGGCGUAGUGUGUUACUGAUGGUAGGCUUUGUUACUUUGGUCCCAGCUCUCUGCAGGUCAUUCACUAGGUCCCCCCGUGUGGUUCUGGGAUUUUUGCUCACCGUUCUUGUGAUCAUUUUGACCCCACGGGGUGAGAUCUUGCGUGGAGCCCCAGAUCGAGGGAGAUUAUCAGUGGUCUUGUAUGUCUUCCAUUUCCUAAUAAUUGCUCCCACAGUUGAUUUCUUCAAACCAAGCUGCUUACCUAUUGCAGAUUCAGUCUUCCCAGCCUGGUGCAGGUCUACAAUUUUGUUUCUGGUGUCCUUUGACAGCUCUUUGGUCUUGGCCAUAGUGGAGUUUGGAGUGUGACUGUUUGAGGUUGUGGACAGGUGUCUUUUAUACUGAUAACAAGUUCAAACAGGUGCCAUUAAUACAGGUAACGAGUGGAUGACAGAGGAGCCUCUUAAAGAAGAAGUUACAGGUCUGUGAGAGCCAGAAAUCUUGCUUGUUUGUAGGUGACAAAAUACUUAUUUUCGACCAUAAUUUGCAAAUAAAUUCAUUAAAAAUCCUACAAUGUGAUUUUCUGGAAAAAAAAUUCUCUAUUUGUCUGUCAUAGUUGAUGUGUACCUACGAUGAAAAUUACAGGCCUCUCUCAUCUUUUUAAGUGGGAGAACUUGCACAAUUGGUGGCUGACUAAAUACUUUUUUCCCCCACUGUACUGAAGAGUUCAAUGCUAUCUCAUGCUAAGUCAUUGUGUAUUUAGUCUAAUGUAAUCUGCCUCUAAAGACUAAUGUGGACGUCAAGGUUUACCGGUAUACAUGUUCUGUAGUGGGUCCAUUGUGGCCUUUUCUGUUUAUUGAGGUCAAUGUGAUGUGGUCAUGUUAUGUAAUGCUAAUGAAAUGUGCUUUCCCUGCAGGUCGGGAAAGGUUGCACUGCCGCGCUGAAAGCCAUGGGAUCCAUCGUCUACGUCACAGAGAUAGAUCCCAUCUGCGCCUUGCAGGCCUGGUGAGGGACAGCAAGUAGGAAGCAGGAAGUACCAAAUGUUAAGCACUGCUGACCCAGAGAAAUGACACCAUAAAGUGACACCAGGAGUCUUUUUGCCCUGCUCUAAGAUAAACCUUUGAAACACAAAUACUCCAGCAAAAUAUAAACAGAAAAUAUGAGCUGGCUUUUAUAAUUCAGGAUAAAAUGAUAGAAACCAGAGAGCAAUGUAUUAAAUCUUUAAAUAAAACAAAGGAGCCUUAUUAUUUGAAUGGCACUCAUCAACCAGUACUAACCAACUUUACAGUAGGCAGAGCACUUGUCUCUCCCCCUCGGUUCUGACUAACCCCUCUCUCCCCAUGUGUGUCUUAACAGCAUGGACGGCUUCAGGGUGGUCAAGCUGAACGAGGUCAUCCGCCAGGUGGACGUCAUCAUCACAUGCACUGGUAAACAACAUCAAACUACUGUGUAAUGAAUUGUGAUAUUAUUUUGGACAGUUAUAUAUGAUUUGUAAAAAAAAAAAAUCACCUAAUCACCCUGAGGGUUUGUGCUAAGGCCUAUAUGGAGAUGGAGGUUUUAGACUGGUGUUCUUCUGUGGUCUCCUAGGGAAUAAGAACGUGGUGACCAGGGACCAGCUGGACCGCAUGAAGAACGGCUCCAUCGUGUGCAACAUGGGGCACUCCAACACUGAGAUUGACGUGGUGAGGAACUUUGACAACUCAAUUUGUUGCUACUGUAAAUCGUAAAAAUCAAGGGAGGCAAUAUUUGAAGUUUUCCUGGGAAUAUGAUGUUCAUGAUGAUGAUUUCAAAUGUACUGCAUAUUUAGACUUUUAGUAGAGUGUGAGUGAGAGUGCAUAGUGUGUUUGCAUGACCCUUGUGUGUGUGACCUGCUAACCAGGCGAGCCUGCGGACCCCCGAGCUGACCUGGGAGAGAGUGCGCUCUCAGGUGGACCACGUCAUCUGGCCUGAUGGCAAGAGGGUCAUCCUGCUGGCCGAGGUGGGAAGUUACACACACACACACACACACAUGCAUGCACAUAUACUCCCACAUAGCAAAUUAAAUGUUUGUGUGUCUCCCUUAGGGUCGUCUUCUGAACCUCAGCUGCUCCACAGUUCCCACCUUCGUCCUGUCAAUCACAGCCACGACCCAGGUAAAAGACACUCCCCACAGUAGCUAACAACCAGCUAGAGUAGUGCUUCAGUUAGCAGCAGGUAAUACAGACCCUCACUGCCUCUCCCAACCCCACACUAGCUACCAGAUAGCAGAGUCUGUGGGUUAUUAUGUGGUCUAUUCCCUCCCAUAAUUAGGCCACCGUGGUAGAUGAUAAGAGGGUGCCUUGACCUCAGUGUCAUCUCUAAUAAUAAAACUCCAGGGGGGGAAUGGCUAAGGAGGGCUUAUCUGAACUCAUGUAGAUUAGAUAGACUCUCAGAGCACUGUGUAGAACAUCAAGCUCGGACAAGGAAGCAAUGGCAUAGUGUAGCCAUCUCCCCUAGUGCAUAUUUCAUUCAGUGACAAUUUGUGCAUCAGAUAACACCUUUCAUUUGGCACAUUAAGCAAAGUAUAUUUACAUGCACAGCUGUAUAUUUAGACUGCUGUUAUGGCAUUUCUAAAAAGGUUCAGUGUUUAUUUGAAGGUUCCAGGAAUGGUGUGGGUAUUUAUAAAAUGUUGUUUGAACGUAAGGGGGCUCUAUGUGUUCACACGAGUACAUUGUAUAAUGUGAGUAUUGAUAUGUUUCUAUUCCUGAGAUUGUGUGUGUGUACCGAUGAUUGUGUAUGGUGCUUCAUUUCUCCAACAGGCUCUGGCCCUUAUUGAGCUGUACAAUGCUCCAGAGGGCCGCUACAAACAGGAUGUGUACUUGCUGCCCAAGAAGAUGGGUGAGUCAUCGACAGCCCUUAUUAUAUCCUGCUAUGUUUGGAGCGUUACAUGAGAAUACAGAGAAAUAGUGGCUGUAGUGGUAGUUGUUAUAAUUAUUAUGUUAUGGUCUAGCUAGCUACACAACCCACAGUAAUUCCUGCUCUAGCUGUUUAAUCACUCUCUCUGUGAGUGUGGACAUAAUGAUACUGUAUCACAAGUGCUUGUUUUGGACAAGCUGUUCAAACCACUUUCACUAGUUUCUGAGGCCCUACUUAUGCCCUCUGGUGACGUGAAUGAGGCAUUCUGUUACGUUGACACAAAUCGCUACGUUGAAUACAAUAAAAUAAAAUAAAUUGUUUAUCACUUCUAUAAUUGUAUGUGUGUUGGGAUUGUCUCAGAUGAGUAUGUUGCCAGCCUGCAUCUGCCCACCUUUGACGCCCACCUGACAGAGAUUUCAGAUGAGCAGGCCAAGUAUCUGGGCCUCAACAAGAAUGGCCCAUUCAAACCCAACUACUACAGGUACAACUACAUCCCCCUAAGAUCCCUUUAA